AUGAAGUUCUCCACACAAUUUCUACUUCCUUUCUUCCUCGCUCUUGCGCCUUCAGCUUUGGCUGCUUCACCAAGCGAUCUUCAAGCGCAAAUCGGCCACCAUGUCAUUUUUUCUUACGCCGGCGUUGAGCCGCCAGCCCAUCUCCUCGGGUUGAUCAAGGAAGGCAAAGUCGGCGGUAUCAUCCUUUUUGGCGAAAAUGUCGACGACAACCUCGUAGCCACAGUCGACAACCUCCAGGAAAUCUACAAACAAAGUCCGUACUAUUCAGGCAGUCCAUUAUUCAUCAUGACCGACCAAGAAGGCGGAAAAGUACGUCGAUUGGCCGGCGGACCAGAAGAGAGCGCAAAGCAAAUCGGCCAAUCCGCCGAUCCAGAGGCCGCAGCAACACAGAUGGGCAAAGAUGCCGCAACCACCCUCGAAGCAUUCAAGAACAACGUCAAUCUAGCACCAGUAUUGGACGUGUAUCGCGAGGCGGGAGACUUCGCAGAUAGCGCCGAACGCUCCUUCAGCAACUCCUCCCGCGUCGUCGCAACAUGCGGAUCUGCAUUCAUCGCCGCACAGCAAUCUACCAAUAUCAUCGCAUCUGCCAAGCACUUCCCCGGUCUUGGUGCCGCACACGCAGGCGAGAAUACAGAUAUGAAGCCCGUUACUAUUGACCUGACCGUCGAAGAAUUGCGCAAGGUCGAUAUGGCGCCGUAUAGGGAUGCUAUCGCGGCAGGUGUGGACAUGGUCAUGACUUCGUGGGCUAUUUAUCCUGCUUUGGAUCCGACAUAUCCCUCCGGAUUGAGCAAGACUAUCAUUCAGAAUGAGUUGCGUGGAAGACUUGGUUUCAAGGGUGUUACUAUUACUGAUGCUAUUGAGGCGGGAUCGCUGGAGCCGUUUGGUGAUCAGGCUACGAGGGGUUUGAUGGCUGCGCAGGCUGGUGUUGAUCUUUUGCUUGCGGCUAAGAGGGAUGUCACGCAGGGAGAAGAGAUUUAUAAUGCUUUGGCUGCUGCGUUGCAGGAUGGGUCUUUGGAUGAGGCUGCGUUUGCUGCUGCGACUGAGAGGAUCUUGGAGGUUCGGAAGAAGCUUGUACUUGUUUAG